AUGGACGCCGCAAUCGACUUUCACGAUCCCAAUAAGGCGUUGGACCUGGGCAAUAUCAGAUUCCAGUUGAUCCGACUGGAGGACACUAUCAUCUUCCAUUUAAUAGAAAGGGUUCAAUUCCCGUUGAACAAAACCAUCUAUGUCCCCGGCGGCGUGCACAUCGCCGCCUCGGACUUAAGUCUCAUGGACUGGAUGCUCUCCGAGCAAGAGAAGCUCCAAUCGCUCGUCCGCCGCUACGAAUCGCCCGAUGAAUAUCCCUUCUUCCCCAAUGUCUUGCAAAAGCCCAUCCUUCAUCCUCUGCACUACCCCCAGGUUCUCUACCCGAACGACGUCAACGUCAACGAGAAGCUGAAGCAAUCCUACAUCGAGUCCAUCUUGCCGCCCGCGUGCGUCAAGCUGGGCCGCGAGGAUCGUGGGGAAGAUCAUGAGAAUUACGGGUCGGCCGCGACGUGCGAUGUGCAGUGUCUGCAGGCGCUGUCGCGGCGGAUCCAUUUUGGCAAAUUCGUCGCGGAGUCGAAGUUUCGCAAGGAGACGGAGCGGUAUGUGCAGCUCAUCAAGAAUGAUGAUCGGGACGGGAUUGCGGAGGCGAUUACGGAUGCGAAAGUGGAGAAGAAGGUGCUGGAGCGGUUAAGACUCAAGGCGAAAAUGUAUGGAACGGAUCCGGAUAACGCGACUGGGGACUUGGGAAAGCUGGAUGUCGACGCGGUGGUGUCAAUGUACAAGGACUACGUUAUUCCUUUGACCAAGGAGGUUGAAGUGGAGUAUCUUAUGCAGCGUCUGAAAGGGACGGAGUAUGAAUAG